UUUCCUUUUCAAACAACCGUUUCCUUCUUCUCCAGUUUGCAUUCAGGAGAGGCGCCUCCUCUCCAUUUGGCAGGCAGUAGCACGCCUCUCCCCGUCCAUCGCCAUGGCCAUUAAAGUUGCAGGAGAUCCACAAAACUGAAUCCAAUCAACAGGGGCCAUCUACCUAGCUAGCUACCGGCUGCUUCGUUGCGCGCGGCGUUCUAUUACCUCUGCUCAUUGCUUAACGAUUCCUCUGUUUCAUAAGUUGUUCAUUUGAUGCUGGAGGCAGAAACUGUGUGCAGAAAUGGAGCAGAAACACAACAGAAAGAAGAAGUUCCUCUUUCCAAGAGUUCUAGGAGCAAAGGAUGCGAAUGCCUUGUCAAGGCAUAUUAUCGAGUCCUCCAACUCCACAGUUGAUUUGAAAGAGUCCCCAGAGAGGUCAUCAGUGGCCUCCCCAUCAGCAUCAUCCUCAUCCUUCUUCAAAAGUCUUUCCGAAAGUAGAAGUCUAAAAUUCAGCGGCUUCAGUUCUCCUGCAACAAUUAGUAGUACCCAUACAGAAGCUUUCAGGGUAUUUGCAGCCACAUGGAACGUAGCUGGAAAGACUCCGGACAGGGGUCUCAAUCUGAAUGAUUUCCUGCCUUCUGAUGAUUAUUCAGACAUUUAUGUGUUAGGAUUCCAAGAAGUCGUCCCCCUCAACGCCGGCAACGUCCUGGUGAUCGAGGACAACGAGCCGGCGUCGAGAUGGCUCGCCCUCAUCAACCAGGCGCUGAACCGGCCUUCACCAUCCUCUGACGCCUAUGCCUCCGCCAUUUCUGAAGUUGCAGCGAGCUUCUCGUUCAGCCGGUCCGUAGACACGACGACCUCUGCAUCCCCGGCCUCCGCUCUCCAAACGCCCAGCUCCAGCCCGCUCGAUCCGUCGCGGUUCCACAAGUCCUCCAACAGAGAGAUCCGCGGCGCCGCCAUCACCCGCGGCCGCCGGCUGAAGACGUGCACCUGCCCGUCGGAGCGGCCUCGGAGUCGGAGGUCGUACAGGGCGUCGUGCCUGAUAGGUUGCGGCAAGAACACCGACGCCGUCGAGAGCGACACGACGACGUCGGAUGAGGACGACGACGAGGUCAGAACCAGCAGCUUCGCGGUGUCCGACGUGAAGAGCCCCGCGGCGGCGGCGGCGAGCCGGCGCGAGAGGUACUGCCUGGUUGCCUGCAAGCAGAUGGUGGGGCUGUUCGCGACGGUGUGGGUGAGGCGGGAGCUGGUGCCGCACGUCGGCCAUGUCCGGUUCUCCUGCGUUGGCCGCGGCAUCAUGGGCUACCUCGGCAACAAGGGUUGCAUCUCCGUGAGCAUGUCGCUGCACCAGACGAGCCUGUGCUUCGUGUGCAGCCACCUGGCGUCCGGGGAGAAGGAAGGCGACGAGCUCAGGAGGAACUCCGACGUGGUCGAGAUCCUAAAGAACACGCAGUUCCGACGGCUCUGCAAGAGAUCAGGCCGCAGGAUUCCCGAGAGAAUCCUCGAUCACGACCGUGUGAUCUGGCUCGGUGAUCUGAAUUACCGGAUCGCUCUGAGCUACUCGGAGGCCAAGAAGCUCGUCGAGGCCAACGACUGGGGUACUCUCUUCGAGAAGGAUCAGCUCAAGACUGAAAGAGAGAGUGGAGUCUUCAGAGGGUGGAAUGAGGGCAAGAUCUUCUUUGCUCCCACAUACAAGUACUGUUGGAAUUCCGACAAUUAUGCUGGUGAAGAUGUCACGUCGAAGAAGAAUCGAAGAACACCAGCAUGGUGUGACCGGAUUCUUUGGUAUGGUGAAGGGAUAGUGCAGCUGUCCUACGUCCGCGGGGAGUCUAAAUUUUCAGACCAUCGUCCUGUCUGUAGUGUGUUCAUUGUUGAGGUUGCAGUUCCUGACAACAAACUCAUCAAGUUUGCAUCAGGUCCCAACAUGAAAGUUGGCGUGGAAGAACUCCUAUUUGCCCCAAGUAGCGGAUAGCAGCUGUACAUGGAAUGCAGCAUUUUGCUCAAGAUCAUAUACGGGACACAGUAAUACUCAUUCCAAAUACCUGGUGCACUGACUUGAAACAUUGUGUGCACUACUAAGAUUAGGAGAUAUUCAUGAGAGGCAAUUGCUGACGAUAGUGCUGAUGAAGUCAUGAGUAUAAUUCAUAGAACUGAGUCUGCACUCAAGAAUCAAAAAAUUGUUCCCUUCUGCUUCAGGUUGGGAGCCCAAGGGUUCCCAUGACCAUGACUCCAGAACUGAAACAAAACCUUGAAUCCAUGGACAAUAGUUUGUGGGAAGAUUCAGGAGGCUACUAGCAUAGUGUUAACAACUUUCAGUUCAGUCAUAUGAAUCUCUGUACUCUGUUCCAUACAUGUCAAUCAAGAUGUGAAUCUAUAGGAGCAUGAAAGGCGCUCAUUUGGCAUCAGAUAAUUGAAGUGUUCAGUGUUCCAAUU